GACUCGGUCUUGGACCUGAAUCUCUUAAAAGACUGGGACGAUGAAGAAGACAUCUGGUAUAAGACCCUACUGAUAUCACUGGUCAACGGCGAGACGACACCCACGCAGGCCGCGACCGAGAUUGACACCUACAUCACCACGGAGUCCAACGAGCGAUACGAACUCCACCGAGCGUAUACCUACCAUCGCGAUCAGAUGCCGCCACAUACAGUACUGACUGAAGAUCCCCUGACUGUGGAAAUGAAGGGAAACACCGAGGAAGAAGUAGUCACGAUCAGAGCCCCAGCCCCAGAAGCCCACUUUGAAAUGGUCGUGCGGUGGAUUACCCGACUCGCCUCGGCUUUUCCGCCGGAGCACGUCGGGCAAAACCGCAUUGUCGCCUUUCUCGAAACCCUAAAAGCGCUCCCCCGACACGGCAUCCAGAUCAUCAAUCCGAUGCUAGAGAAUGAUGAGGAGGAUAAGUUUUUUUACACCACACUGGAAGUGUGGCCGCUGGACGGGAACUUCCUGGCAUUGUCGUCGGAGGUUCGCUACGAAGGAGAGGCUUUUAUCUACCGCCACUACCCGGCGAUCCAGCUCCCGCCGACCGAUCGAGAAUUUCGCUGGCGGAACUACCAAGCGGCGAUCACGCGCUUCACAGUUCGGAAUCUGAUCGAUUGCACGCAUCUCUGCGCGCUGGAAGGAAUUCUACAGGACGACGGCUGGUACCCGGACUUGGACGACCCCGCGCGUCGAGACUCGGGGUACGGAUGGCUCGCCGGCUGGGUGAUCGCUGGGGCUCAGUGGCUGUUGCGACCCGAAGUGAGGGGCCAUGUGUAUCAGCAGUGCUUGGAUCGGGAGAAAGUCGGGAGGCGGGAGGACAUGUGGAGCAGGGAACGAUGGCAGCAGUGGAAGGAUCAAUUCGCACGCAUCGCCAUCGAGGAGAGGCUUGGACCCUAUGCUCGGGAGCUCGCGGGUUUGGUUUGUCAAGGGAUGAUUGCUCACGAAGAGGAGGUUGCUUCGUCUCCCGUGACAGGCAGUCUGUAAUGCUUGCUCUUGGGUUU